AUGGCGUUCUUGUUUGGCCGCAGCAAAGCCAGGUCUAACCAGGAGUUGACCCGGUCGACCAAAGAUCUAAUAUUGAAGCUAAUCGCUGAGGACAAGCCUUCACAAAAGAUCGAGGAAGAAGUGGCACGGAAUCUUGGCCAGAUGAAGGUCAUACUUCAAGGCACGCCCGAACUCGACGUCAGCCCCGACCAGGUAUUUCAGCUGGUAAAUCUUCUCGUUACUGAAGACCUUCUACGAGUUCUCGCCGAGAACAUUCACCGUCUACCCUUCGAGUCGCGCAAAGAUACACAAACCAUCAUCUCCAACGUUCUGCGAUACAAGCAACCGGGCGAAGACCAACCGAUUGCCCUACAAUACAUUAUCACUACCCGUCCCGAGGUCAUUAUCGCACUUUGCAAUGGCUACGAUCGUCGCGAGAGCGCUAUGCCCUGUGGAGGAAUAUUGAAAGAGGCCUUGAAACAUGAUGCCGUUACAGCUCUGAUCCUCUACGACGAACCAAGCCUACACGGUCAACCUCUGGACCUUGGUAGCAUUGACACAGAUCAACCCGCUUCUGGUCAAGGUGUGUUCUGGAAAUUCUUUGAUUGGAUCGACAAGAGUUUGUUCGAGGUCAGCACUGAUGCCUUUGAUACUUUCCGCCAAAUUCUUGUGAGGCACAAGCCUAUGGUCGCCAAGUAUAUCGACACCAAUUUCGACCUCUUCUUUGACAGAUACAACAACAUCCUCAUCAAAUCAGAGAGUUAUGUCACCAAGCGCCAAUCGAUCAAAUUGCUCGGUGAGGUUCUGUUGGACCGCCAAUUCUACGAGAUCAUGACCCGCUACGUCGAGUCUGGUGACAACCUCAAGCUUAUAAUGUGGCAGCUUAAGGACGAUCGCAAGAUGGUACAGUAUGAGGCUUUCCACGUUUUCAAAAUCUUCGCUGCGAACCCCAACAAAUCACCCGACGUCAAGCGACUUCUGACCAUGAACCGUCAACGUCUAUUGGAUUUCUUGCCUAACUUCCUGGCCGACCGCACAGAGGAUGACCAGUUCUCGGACGAGAAGAGCUAUCUUAUCAAGCAGAUUAAGCUGUUGCCUCAAACACCUCAGCAACCUAGAACUGCAAGUCAGGAAUCAUCGAAAUAG